GGUUUUAUUAAUGCAUAAUCCCUUUGGGCCAUGCUAACCACAUUGUUUGUUUGGGCCUGAGUUUUAUUACCAGACGGGUUGGCCCUUUUUCGCUGCUCGUAUCGUUGAUCAGAGUCUCCACCUGGUUUAGCUCUAAGUCACCAGCGACUCAACCAUGGCGGUCAAAUCGGCGCGGCGAGCUAAACCCACGCAACACCGCCAAAUCUCCAAGCCCUGGAUCCCCACACUCUUCACAAACCCAAAGGUCGCCUCUGCCUCCGCUCUUCUCCUCUUCGAUGCGGCCCUCACCGCCCUUGUCAUCGCCUACGUCCCCUAUACAAAGAUCGAUUGGGACGCUUACAUGUCUCAGGUUAGCGGAUUUCUUGACGGAGAAAGAGAUUAUAGUAAUUUGAAAGGAGACACAGGGCCGCUGGUUUACCCUGCUGGUUUUCUUUAUGCUUAUUCUGCCAUUCAGUAUGUUACAGGAGGCCAAGUUCUUCCAGCUCAGAUUUUGUUCGGCUUGCUUUACAUUGUAAACUUGGGAAUCAUGUUAUACAUCUAUGUGAAGACUGAUGUGGUUCCAUGGUGGGCUCUUGCCUUGCUUUGUCUAUCAAAAAGAGUGCAUUCCAUUUUUGUGCUCCGGCUUUUUAAUGACUGUCUGGCAAUGUUGCUCCUGCAUGCUUCACUGGCCUCAUUUAUUCACCAAAGGUGGCACCUAGGAUUGAUCAUAUUCAGUUGUGCUGUUUCGAUAAAGAUGAAUGUGCUUCUGUAUGCUCCACCUCUUCUACUCCUCAUGAUAAAGGCUAUGGAUAUCAGUGGAGUGAUAUCAGCUUUGUUUGGUGCAGCUCUUGUCCAGAUACUAUUCGGGUUACCUUUCAUCAUGUCUCAUCCAUUUGCAUACAUCUCAAGAGCCUUUAAUCUUGGCCGUGUAUUUAUUCACUUCUGGUCUGUUAAUUUCAAGUUCGUUCCCGAGCCAAUAUUUGUCUCCAAGGCAUUUGCGAUCUCUUUGCUGGUUGUACACCUUGUUCUACUUGCAGUUUUUGCUCACUUUAGAUGGUGCAGGCAGGAAGGAGGAGUUUUCAAAUUUUUGUAUUCUAGACUUGUUUCUAUAAAACUCAAAUUUGCUCUUACAAAUACACAGUCCUACAAGGCUCUUAAGAAAGAACAUAUUGUGACAACUAUGUUCAUUGGAAAUUUCAUCGGCAUUCUAUGCGCUCGAUCACUGCAUUAUCAAUUUUACUCAUGGUACUUCCACACGUUACCUUAUUUAUUGUGGAAAACACCUCUUCCUUCGUUUUUACGGGUGAUAUUGUUCACCGGGGUGGAGCUAUGCUGGAAUGUGUAUCCUUCUAACCUUUACUCAUCAGCGUUGCUUCUUGGUCUACACUUAGUAAUACUAUUUGGUCUGUGGUCUGCCCCAUCCGAAUAUCUUUAUUUGGAAAAGAUAGUAUCAACUCAAGACAAAUACAAAUGAAGCUAUAUAUGCUGUGUUUCUAGCAAGGAACUGCCGGCCUUUCUUCUGAUCUUUUAAAAACAAUGUGAUUUCACUGGUUUGGUUGCAGUUGGCUUUACUCCACUUGUUGUUCUAGUAUGGAUUUAUAUCAGUUAUACUCUUUAGAUUAUAAACUACACACAGGACACAUUGACAGCUACUAUAGGGGAAACAUCUCUACCUCCUUUUGUUAUCCAUAACGUUAAACUCGUGCAUACAAAUUGUGUGUCUUCUUCUCCAAAUAUCUUGUUAUAUUCCUUAAUUUAGGCGUUUCAUAAUCUUAUAUAUAAAUUGCUAAAAUCACUGAAGAGGCGUUGAUGUGAAAUCAGGAUGCAAAUCAUUAAUUGUCCGAAAAGAUGUGAUAUUGAAUGGAUUGCUGACUUGCUGAGAUUAAUGAUAUUCACAGUGACUAUAGUAAGGUGUACGUAAUUUUGAUUUCAGGUAUAAAAAAGGGAUAUCUUCAUGUCUUUGGUUUUGGUAAACAACAUGAUUUCAGCUAUUCCAAGUAUAUAUCAACUAUGAUGGACGCCGAGCAUGAUACGAGGAUGUAACGAUUUUAUGACAAAAGUAUCUAGAAAUCUACCGAAAUCCGAAAGAACUGUCUUGGGGGAUACUCUUUCUUUUUCAGUACGCAUAUCAUUUCUUUCCAUUGCAUUAUAGUCCUCAACGAGAAUGUUUAGUCUUUAAAUUGUGCAAUCCCUACAAAAUAUGUUUAGAACUCGGAUAGGGUUCCGGAGGCAAUUCUCGUAGUUUCUUCUGAUCCGGGUGUUAAUAUGUCAAUUAUUUGGAGGCAAGACUAACUCCUUGCUAAUGACAUUUAAAUUACUCGAAAAUUCAUUGCCUUUUAGGUAUAUAAGGCUCAACUUUGAGGGAAAUAUUUAAAGAAUCUUGACGCUCUAAUUAAAUAUUUGGUCUAUAAUUAAAUAAGAUCAAAGAUUAUGCAUGAGAGUGAAAAUAUUAGUCUAAUUAUACGCAGUUUCCUUGCUAAGCCUUUCACAUUAACUCUUCCGAGAAAACUUAUAUAAAGAGACCAAAACCUAGAAUCUGCAUUAUUUUGCCUGAUCAUUUGAUGUUACGUGUUCCACUGUAAGGGAGGUUUCUACUGCGAACUUGGCUAGCCGAGCCUAUGUAACCUUCUUGGCAGGCAGCAAAGACUAUGUGAAGGGUGUUGAGAAAGGUCAAAUCUCAAUACCCACUGGUUGUGGCGGUGCUCGAUGUCCCGGGGAGCACCGGAAGAUUGUCGAGCCUGUGUACCCGCUGGAGAAUCACCAAGCAGAUGUUGCUAUGGCCUAUUACAUCAUCAACUACUCAAAGCUUCGGAUUUGCAAUUUUGUGGAGUAUAGCAAGAUGAUAUACUUGGACGGAGACAUACAAGUCUUCGACAACAUUGAUCACCUCUUUCACCUCCCCGAUGGGUAUUUCUAUGCCGUCAUGGACUGUUUCAAUUCUGUGAACAAACAUGGAGUCACACACAUCAAAAUAAGAUCGGAUAUUGUCAACAAUGUCCGGAAAAGGUUCAGUGGCCUGCAGAGUUUGGAUCUCCACCCCCACCUUACUUCAACGCCGGCAUGUUGGUCUACGAGC